UGGGUGAACUGUCACUUUAAACGGGGCAGCUGAAAGGGGAAGUAAAACUCAUGUUGCUUGUUUCGCAGCAGUGAUUACCACUUUCAGGUCGUGUUCACUGUUUUAUCGAAAACAGUGUGCAGCGAUGGCUCAAUAAACCACUGAUCGAUUAUUUUAAUGCUGUGAAGUGACAGAGCUGUAGAUCAGGAUAACAAUGCUAAGCUAGCACCAGUUGAUCUGAUGUCUUCCUACGUUGAGUGAAUGUGUAACUCUUCACCUUUCCCAGGAUUAAACAUCCGCACUUUCAGCUGAAACGGGAUUUGUUUUUACUUCAGACGUACAUUUAAACAUUUAAUCAUGGAUUCGUUUGAAAGCGAAAGAGCUCCACUGCCCAGGAACAUGAUUGAGAACAGCAUGUUUGAGGAAGAGCCAGAUGUGGUGGAUUUGGCAAAGGAGUCCCCAUCCUAUCCCAUCGACUCAGACGAUGUAGUCUAUGAACCCCGCAGUUCACGACUGUUAGUCCGAGGCCUUGGAGAAAACGACCUGGAUGAAGACGAGGAAGAUUACGAAUCCUCUGCCCGUCUUCUUGGCAUGUCCUUCAUGAACCGUAGUUCUAACCAGCGCAGCGCUUCCUCAUCCUACACCCGCCAGCAGCCUUCUGGAUCGUGCUCGAUGCCUUCAGCUAAGACCACGGUGAUAGGUGUUCUCAUCCUGGUAGUGGUGGUCUCCAUUUUCAUGGUCAUUUACUUCGUUCCAGGCUGCACUUUCACCAGAAAUGGCUGCUCAAAGACCAAUUCAACCAUAAACAAGAUCUUUCCUAUUUCCACAAGCGGAGAACUUUUCCCAUGGACCGAGUUGAGGUUACCGUCCAGUGUGCAUCCUGUGCGUUACGAUAUUUCACUCCAUCCUGACCUGAAGAACAUGAGCUUUCAAGGCAGUGUGUCAAUCAAAGUGGAAGUGUUGCAUGAAACAAAGAUUAUUGUCCUACACAGUUCUGACAUGAACAUAACCAAGGCCACUUUUGAAGGUAAAGUGGUCCCUGUCCUGGAGUACAAACCUUGGCAGCAGAUCGCCAUCAAAUUUCCUGAAGAUCUUAAGAAGGGGACAUAUGGUUUGAACAUUGACUACACAGCAAGCUUCUCCAACAGCUAUGAUGGCUUCUACAACAGCUCCUAUGUUGAUACAAAUGGUACAAAAAGAGUUUUGGCCGCUACUCAGUUUGAGCCCUUGGCAGCCCGCAAGGCUUUCCCUUGUUUUGACGAGCCAGCUUUUAAAUCAACUUUUCUAAUUAAGAUUACCAGAGAACCCAACUAUAUCAGUCUUUCAAACAUGCCUAAGGUCAAAACCACGAAUUUAAAAAAUGGGCUUCAAGAAGACGAGUUUAAGGAAAGUGAAACAAUGAGCACUUACCUGGUUGCAUUUAUUGUGGCUGAAUUUAUUAGUUACAGCAGGAAUGUCUCUAAUACUACGGUGUCUGUGUAUGCCGUUCCAGACAAAAAGGAACAAGUGCAUUAUGCUCUGGACACAGCUGCAAAACUGUUGGAGUUCUACAAUACGUUCUUCGAGAUCGACUACCCGUUAAGAAAGUUAGAUUUAGUGGCCAUUCCUGACUUCCUCGCCGGAGCCAUGGAGAACUGGGGACUAAUCACAUUCCGUGAGACAACUUUGCUUGUAGGGAAUAAUUCCUCCCCUAUAGACAAGCAACUGGUGACUUCUGUCAUUGCUCAUGAACUUGCCCACCAGUGGUUUGGAAAUCUGGUCACUAUGAGAUGGUGGAAUGAUCUUUGGCUGAAUGAAGGAUUUGCAACCUACAUGCAGUACAUGUCUAUUUCAAAUGUGUUCCCAGACCUUGACAUAAACACUGAAUUCUUAAAUGUUCGAUUUAAAGCGCUAGCCAAAGAUGCUUUGAACUCAUCCCACCCAGUGUCUGCUGUCGUGAGCACCCCAGAGCAGGUGGAAGAGAUGUUUGACUCUGUGUCUUAUGAGAAGGGUGCUUCAAUACUGCUAAUGCUCAAUGCAACACUCAGAGAUGGGGAGUUUCGAAAAGGAGUGAUUGAGUACUUACAAAAGUAUAACCGAUCAAACACAGAAAGUGAAGAUUUAUGGAACAGCCUUUCCCAGGUGAGCAAACAGAAUGUAAAUGUAUCUGAGAUGAUGCAUACCUGGACUGUUCAUAAGGGCUUUCCUCUGGUCACAGUCAAGAGGAAUGGCACUCAAGUGACACUGUCGCAAGAACAUUUCCUUCUGAAUGCUGGAAACAGCAUGGACGACAGCAGCUUGUGGCAUAUUCCCCUGACAUAUGUCAACGAAAGCUGUAGUGUUCUCAGCUCCUGCAAACAAGUGUUCCAUCUCAAGGACAAAACAGCCAUAUUAAAGCUUCCAGGUAAGGUGAAGUGGUUGAAGUUCAACUUCAGGAGUGAUGGCUUCUACAUAGUGCAUUAUGAUGUGGAGGGAUGGAAGGACUUGAUUGAGGCUUUGCAAAAUGUGACUGUCCUCCCCUGUGAAGACAGAGCAGCUCUCAUCAAUAACAUCUUUGCUCUUUCCAGAUUGGGCAAGGUGUCUUUCAGGCAGGUCUUAAACCUAAUGAACUACAUCAAAAACGAGACAGAGACGGCUCCUCUGACUGAAGCUCUCUUCCAACUUGGUCAGAUUUACAGAUUGCUGGACAAAAGAUCAGAGUUAAACUUGGCCUCUAGAAUGAAGAGUUACAUUGACGACCAUUUUGGAAGUUUGAUGGAGAGUCAGUCAUGGGAACUGGAAACUUCUGUGUCGAAGAUGACGCUUCGGUCUGCCCUGCUGGAGAUGGCAUGUUCCCUCAACAGACUCAACUGCACAACACAGGCCAAACGUCUGUUUGAUCAGUGGGUCGAUUCCAACAAGACAUUUCAGAUUCCUAGUGAUCUCAUGACAACAGUCUUCAAAGUUGCUGCCCAAACAGAUGAUGGAUGGGAUGUGCUUCUAAGCACAUAUAAACACUCCAUCUGUGACGCAGAGAAGCGCAAGACACUGGAAGCUUUGGCCAGCACUCAGGAUGUACGGAAAAUCAUUUGGAUUCUACAGAAAAGUCUUGAUGGAAGUGAGAUUCAAACUCAGGAAUUUCCUUUGGUGAUCCACACAAUUUGCAAGAACUUUGCUGGCUACCUCUACGCUUGGGAUUUUGUGAAGGAGAAUUGGGGGAAAAUCACUCAAAAGUUUGCUGUUGGAUCCUUUGCCAUUCAGAGCAUCAUCAUGUCCGCAACCAGUCAAUUUUCCACAAAAACACAUCUCAUGGAGGCCCAGAACUUCUUCAAUUCUCUGGGGGCGAAAGGUUCUCAGAUGAGGAUCGUGCAGGAAGCCACUGAGACCAUUAAGCAGAACAUGCGAUGGAUGGAGGAGAACUUGGACACGCUCCAGCACUGGUUGUAGUGCGAGGAGGAGACAUGACAGCUCCUCUCUUGUGCCUCUCACUCCCUCAGGUGAUGUCACCGGGCACAUGCAGGUGUGAGUGAUAUUACCAUGACAACAGCCAGAGCCAUAAAUGUACAAACGUUAGGUCAAACUCAAGACAGAAGGGCAGAUUUACUUGGAUGUAAAGGGGCGUUUAAAAACAUUUCUUUUCAGGGCAUCUAAUAGGGAAUUUUCCUGAGUACUCCAGUGAGCUGUGACCUAGCAAGAAGCUUACUAGAUAUCUGCCUGAGAACAUUUAGCCUUUAAUACUAGCUAUGUAAAUGAAGAAGUGUGGAUAUUAAGUGUAAAGCAGAUAUAUGUUCUUUCUUCCUUCAAGUUGAGUGAAAUGAAAGCGUAAAGUCAGCAGCAUAUGAUUUCCUGUGUCAUAACUUGAGUGUUGCUGCUUGGGAAAGGUUGAUGUGUUUUCUUCUUGCGGUUCACUUGGGGGGGGCACCAACUCGGUAUGUGUAUGGCUCUGGCCUCAAGCACUAUUUGCACUAUUCAAAAAUUCAGCUUGCUCAGGGCAAAUCUGGUUGUUGUUGAAAUAUCAUGAUGCAUUUAAUCCCUUUUACUUAAUGUCGGUGGCUACAGACCAAAACCUCCCAUCAGUAUCUCUUAAAUAUGCCCUUAUCACGCAUUGCCAAAAAAAUAGCUACCUAGUGAAAUACUGAAAUCAUGCUAUAGGAGAAAUAUCACGACAAGCCCCAUUCUUCUAAGCAUAAAAGUUUUAUUUAUGUAUGUGGCCAUGAUGUUUUUAAUCAUUUGCAUAGGCUGCAAUGCUUGUAAUCCAGCACUGUGUAAAUGUUAUUGCCUGAGAAAUGUUCCAACUUUCAUCCUUUGCACAAGAUGUAUUUUGAAGUUUAAUUUAGAGUUGAGUGUGUAUAUUAUGUAUUAUUUGUGCAGGCUUGGAUAUAGGUAAAAGAGAGUUUGCUUGUUUGUUGUCAAUGGAAAAAUUGAGUUAGCUUUUCUAAAACAUAAGUGUGGAUUUUAUUUUGGAUUUUGCUAUGCACAUUCUGAUGACGCUGAAUAUUUUAGUUUUUUUUGUUAUAUAUAUACAAGAGGCAAAGGAAAUGUAAACUCUGUAGUUUUACCUAUAUGAUUUGACUCAGAGAAAUAUAUUUGUUAGCAAGGAGAAGUCUUUGUGUACAGAGCUUUAAUUAAGGAUAAUUCGGUAUUGUCAAAUCGCUACAAGACAAAAAAAGGCGUCUAAAGUCACAUCACUGAUGGAGAGUUGUUACGUUUUCAAUCCUUGCUGAUCUUCACUGGUUGCUACUGAUUUUUACUCUUCAAGGAUUGGAGUUUUUUUUUGAUGUUUUCUUCACUGAUUUUCCUCACUGAUUUUCUAGCCAUUCAGGAAUUGUUUUUGCAGAAUAUUUCAAAUGUUUUUAGUUUGUCAAAAAAUAUGGAGUCAAAACAGUAUCACAUCCUCACACAAAUGCAUGUGUCAAGAUUCACAUUUAUCCACCUUUUUGUAAACUCAUAAUACAGACCACAAAUACAUUUAAUGAACAAAAUCUAUUGGGAUAUUAUCAUGAGAUGAUGUGUGUGAAUAUUUGUGCAUUUUUAUGCAUGCAUUUUUAAUAUCGUUUUAACUCCAUACAUACAGUAGAUGUUAGGUUCUUUCCAUGUAUGAGCGUGAAAAUCUGUGCUCACUGUGUCUAAAGCUCACAGUAAUACCAGGUUUUUGUUUAUAGCUCAAUGCUUUGACCUCAUAAAAUGUCAAUGACUGGUACAUUGUAAUACAGCUGGUACAUUGUUAUUAUUUUGUAUGUAGCAGUUGUAAUUUUGCUCUUGUUCAUGCUUUAUUCAUAUAUUUGUCAUAGAAGUGAAUGAUAGUCUUUAAAGGAAGGCCAACGGCAACAUUGUUACACUGUAAUGGACACUUCUAAUGUCAGGUUGGAGCGUUACAGUUAUCGAUGAAUGUAUUCAUGUUUGUUACUAUGAAUCUGUUUAAACACAAACAUUAUGAUUGUAAUUCCCACAUGUCUGAAUUCAUCUGGAUUUACAAUAUGCUUAAUUAAACACAAUGAAGUGUUAAAAAUACAGUGUAUCUAUCUGUUGAAUCAGUUUUCUCGAAUAAUAAUUAUGACACCAUUUCUUAAUUUAGAAUUCAUAUGAACCUUUUGAUUUCUGUAAUGUCCAUCAUGAGGUGUUUUGUGUUAUUGGCUGCCAUUCACAAAAUAAGUAUAUAUGUAAUAAUUUUCCCCCUGAAAUGUUUCCUUGUGCCUGUGACAGGCUGCUUUAUAGAAAUGUUAGCUGUUAUUGCAAAAUUCCAGACGUUAAACUGUUAAACUUGACAGAUAGUUUAAAGGAGAAAUAUGUUUGCUUGUGAAACAUUUGCUGUGUUAAAUGGCUUGAAAAGCUUAUCAUGCCAUGAAGAAAAACUAGAUUUAUUUGUUUGAACAGGUUUUAUGUUGUUAAACAGCUUUACACUGGGUUUGGAUUCUAAGUUUUUAAGAUGUUGCUUCUUGAAAAACCACUGACUCAUCUUUAUAAAAGACAAAAAAUAAAAAAUAAAAAACAUUUUGUGCACAAA